UGGAGCAGGCAGGAGAGUAAACGGAGAGGAAUGACGCGAUCUCCCAGCAGGACCCGGUGAAGAUGGCGGGCGGGCAGCAGUCGGUUCUGUUUGUUUGUUUGGGCAACAUUUGCCGAUCUCCAAUUGCCGAAGCUAUCUUCAGGAAGCUGGUAACGGAUCGAGGCAUUACAAGCAAAUGGAAAAUAGACAGUGCAGCAACAUCAACAUAUGAAAUAGGGAAUCCUGCUGACCAUCGAGGCCAGAAGUGUCUGAUGAAACAUGGCAUAACCACGAAUCAUAUUGCCAGGCAGGUAGCCAAGAAUGAUUUUUUAACAUUCGAUUACAUGCUGUGCAUGGAUGAAAGUAAUUUAAGAGAUUUAAAAAGGAUGGCUGCUAAAGUACAGAACCUCAAAUCCGAAAUAAAGCUGCUUGGCUCAUUUGAUCCACAGAAUCAUCUUAUUAUACAAGAUCCUUAUUACGGAACAGAAGCAGAUUUUGAAGAAGUGUACGAACAGUGUUUAAGAUGUUGCACAGCAUUUCUAGAGACCACCACAUAACUGUGCUAAGGGCAGUUUUAGCAUGUUAGAAAAAUAAUCUUCAAUGAGUAAAAAUCUUGCCAGUAUUACUGCUUUCAAACUUAGAAAACUCAUCUCUGAAAUUGAAUUUAAAUAUUUUAGAAAAUCACAUUAGCUUUGAAUGUUUCAUUAUUUACUUUGUUCUGGAGAGAUAGUAGUUUUCCUCCAAGGCAUGUGAGUGUGGAUUUCAUCCACACGAACUUAACGCAAAUUUGUGAUUAAGUGUGUAAAUUCGUUUUCAGGAAUUGCUAGUGAGAAGACUUUCAGAAGAACCUGGCAUUGUUUAAUAAAGAAUUGCUGUCAAUUUGCUGUUCUUAUUGAAAAUUGAUUUGUGUUUCAGAAAUAAUGAAUAAAUGUGCAUGACAAAAUUCUUAAGUUACAGUGAAAUUUUUUAAUGUGUUAGAGUUGAGUUAAAAUAACUCCUUCACUUUAAAUUAUACUAUAAUUUUUGUUCUAGUUACACAGCAACAAUGUUUAGUAAAAUGAAGUUUUGCAGCUACCCAAAAUAUGUGAUGAAUGGUCCUUAUUUUAUUAAUGUUAACUAUUGUUUGAAAACUGAAAACGCCUUUCCAUUAAUUAUCUUUUGUUAAAUUCAGAUUGCUUAAUUGAUCCAAAAUGUACUUGCACUGCAGUAAGAAUGCAAGAUCUAAUGGUAGCGGAUGUUUGAUUUGAUUGUGGCCAAUUACAAUAAAGUGUUUUGCUUCACUAUG